CCGGGGUUCAGUAUAGUUUAACUACCUGCUGAACGACGGAAACAUCUCGUGUUUGUUUUGCCGAUGUCGCUCAGGCUAAUAGUAGCGAAAGUCGGUAAACAGUGAGUUUAAACUUCUGGACUCGAGGUGAUGGGCUCACUGAUGCUGGUCUGGACUCUGUCUGCCGCAGUUAUUCUGAUGCCUGUGUUUCUUGAUGGAGCAAUAUCGAUACACUUUAAGACUGGACAACUUCUCAAUGUUGCUCUUGGGCAAACUCUUGUUUUGGAGGCCGUAUUUGAGAAAGGUCCAGACGACAAGAUUGACAUGGUGACUUGGGAUCGUGAAAGCAAAGGUGUAAACGUCAGACUAUCCGGGACUCAAGGAGGCCGAAUAUCUCUGGAGAAAGGAGAUGCGCUUCUGCGGAUCACUAAUGUCUCUGAGGAAGACUUUGGUGUCUAUAAAGUCACAGUUACUGACAGCAAUGGAUAUCAGCAGUAUGACACCAUAGAAGUCCGGAAGAUAGAGAAACCUGCGAGGGUGUUGGCCAAACGGGUGCUGGAAUGUGUUUUGGAAAAACACGACAUGAUGCAGUGGGACACCCCCCAGUUCUCGUGGAUGAUUGAUGGCAUUACAGUAACCAAUGAAACCACCCUGAUAGCCAAUGGUAGUAGACUUGAUAUCUCAGAGGUCAAGGGUGUGAAUUACACCUGCGUCAUUAAGAGCAGCCUAGGAACGGUGAUGACGCAUUAUGAAAUACCAAAAGAAUCAGAAUCUCAGGUCGGCUGUUGUAAAGGACUGAUUGCAGUUAUUGUUGCAGUAGCAGUAGCAGCAGUGGUGAUCGUGAUUGGAAACUUGGGGCGACAAAAAAUGCAGAAGCAGAAGAAAGAAUGACAUGUCACUGUCCCACUCUGAAAAAGACAAGUAAAAGAUUAAAGCAAUCUUUUCAGCAGUGGAGUGGAUGUCAAGGUUCCUGCUAGCUUGAUAAUCUUUGACUUGAAAACUUUUGGCCACCUUUCCAAGAGUCUGGAAGCCGUUUCUGACCCGAACAGGAGUGUAAAGUCCUGGAGAAUCUGAGAAAUCAGUAGAAAACAUUUCAUUACUAUAAAAUAUUACAAGCUAAAUGUGAUGUUCACUAUUUCACCACAUCUGUGAAACUAACAUUUCAAUUAAAUUUUUUUAUAUUAAUAAAUAAAAUAUAUUUAAAAA